GUUGGAAGUUGGAAGCAUAGCAUUGGUCCCACCGAAGCAGAUAAGUUGAAGAAUGCGAGGAUCGAAGGAAAAGCGAAGGAGGAGGUUUGUGAAUUGUAAUGGCAGCGAGCAGCAUCACCAUCUCAAUUUCCUCAUCUUCACUCUUCACUCCAACUCAACCAAAAACCCAAUGCCUCCUCAAACAAAAACAUCAUCAUCAAAUUCCAGCAUCCUCUUUCAUGGGUAACACUCUUAAAAUAUCAACAUCAUCAACAUUCCCAAUUACUACAACAAGUCGUAGGUUGUUGAGUUGCUCAGCCUCGGCGUCUUCCUCUUCCACUCUUCCCUCCGCCCUUCUGUUUGACUGUGACGGAGUCCUUGUUGACACCGAGAAAGAUGGCCACCGCAUAUCUUUCAACCAAACCUUCCAAGAGAGAGAACUAGGCGUCACCUGGGAUGUGGACUUGUACGGGGAAUUGCUCAAAAUUGGAGGGGGAAAAGAAAGGAUGACAGCUUUCUUUAACAAGACAGGUUGGCCUGAGAAUGCCCCCACAAGUGAACAAGAAAGAAAAGAAUUUGUAGCUUCACUUCACAAGCAAAAGACGGAACUAUUCAUGGCACUUAUAGAGAAAAAACUGUUGCCUCUUCGCCCAGGUGUUGCAAAGCUUAUCGAUCAGGCUUUAGCUCAAGGAGUCCAUGUUGCAGUUUGCAGCACUUCCAAUGAGAAGGCGGUCUCUGCAAUAGUAUCAUUCUUGCUGGGAACUGAGCGCGCAGAAAAAAUCAAGAUAUUUGCAGGAGAUGUGGUUCCCCGUAAAAAGCCUGAUCCAGCCAUCUAUCUAUUAGCAGCCAGCACUCUGGGUGUUGAACCUUCAAGAUGUGUUGUGGUGGAGGACAGUGCCAUAGGCCUUGCAGCUGCUAAAGCAGCUGGAAUGAAAUGCAUAAUAACAAAGAGCGGCUAUACAGCAGAUGAAGAUUUCUUGGAUGCAGAUGCAGUCUUUGACUGCAUUGGUGAUCCUCCUGAGGAGAGAUUUGAUUUGGCAUUCUGUGGUAACCUUCUUGAGAAGCAAUACGUGAGCUAGCACACUGUCAAGUGAUACUCUCAAGGAUUUUGUUUGAUUCAACUCUCCUCCAAUAUUUCUAUGAAUGUUUUCAAGCCAACCCUUUUAAGUCAAUGAUGAAAAGAUCACAAUGGGUUGUAUAGUGCAACUUCAUUUCUUGUUAUGCUUCAUUUCUUUGUAAGUUUUUUUUCUUGGUUUAUUAUAUAAAGAGAUGGUUGAGGCUUGAAAUUUUAAAUGACCUCUCAAAAGCUGGAAAUAUCGAAGCUUCAAUCUCUUGUAGAAUAAAAAACAUAUUUAGGGUACAGUUGUUAGCUUCUGAGACAAAAUUUCAAUAUUAUUCUGGUUUCCAUUUAGGCAUGUUAGCCAGUUACGAAAUGGGGGCCAUGAUUCGGAGAAUAAAGGGAAUUGGUUUU